AUGCCGCUCCAGGAUAUCCCGCUGACAGCGAGUGCAAAUGGGAUUCUGGACGAGCAGACUAUGAAGAAGCAUUGUGUCUUAUCGAAGGUCCCAUUACAAAUCGAGAUCGCUACAGUUCUGGAAAUAGGUUCGGGGCCGAGCCCUCCACAGUGGGCUGAGGACUCAUCAGCCAAACAGAAGACAGACAUAUACGCAUUAUCCGGUAAGUGGGGCUCGGAUGGUGAUCGGCUCAUCAGUGGCCUCACCUCAGUCCUACGCGUGAGUGGUGAGUGGAAUUCCACCGUGUUGCCCUCGGCCACCUACUGGGGCCAGUAUGAGGAGAUCACCAAAUUCAACACUGAUUUGAACAUUGCCGAGAGAUUAUGGACUGCUUGGUAUGCCUGGAUGCAGAACGAUGUCCUCGCCACCGGUAUCAUGUCCUUCAUGAUGCACGAGCUGGUCUACUUCGGUCGCUGCCUUCCCUGGAUCUUCAUUGAUACCCUGGGUCUUUUCAAGAGUUACAAGAUUCAGAACAACAAGAUCCCCGCAUUGAAAGAACAGUGGGAUUGCGCCAAGUUUGUGCUUCUCAGCCACUUCACUGUUGAGCUCCCUCAAAUUUGGUUCUUCCACCCCAUGGCGCAAUUCUGCGGCCUGUCGACUUCCAUUCCCUUCCCCUCCCUCUGGACCAUGGCCUACCAGAUCGCCAUCUUUUUCGUGAUGGAGGAUACCUGGCACUACUUCACCCACCGUGCUUUCCACUGGGGCCCCCUUUACAAGGCCAUCCACAAAAUCCACCACCAGUACUCCGCUCCCUUUGGACUGGCUGCCGAAUACGCCUCUCCGAUCGAAGUCAUGAUUCUGGGUUUCGGUGCCGUCGGCUGCCCCAUCCUCUGGUGCGUUUUCACUGGUGACCUGCACAUUCUCACUAUGUACAUCUGGAUUGUGCUGCGCUUAUUCCAGGCCAUCGAUGCUCACUCUGGCUACGACUUCCCCUGGAGUCUCCACCAUUUCCUUCCCUUCUGGGCCGGUGCCGACCACCACGAUCUCCACCACGAAAAGUUCAUCGGAAACUACGCUAGCAGCUUCCGCUGGUGGGACUACCUGCUUGACACUGAGUACACUCCCGAUGCGCUAAAGCGCCGCAGAGAAGGCAAGGCGGAAGCGAAGAAGGCUCAAUGA